AUGUUAAACAUGAAUGAGAAUUUAUUGAAGAAAAGGAAAAACCUGCCAUGUAUUACGUUUUAUGAAGUUUUAAUUACCGACGCCAGAUUUACACAUACGGAUUCUAAUAAUGAUGAUUCUUAUAGUAAGGAUACUUAUCGCGCAAAUUUUGAUAUUGCGGAUUCUAGUAGUGCAGAUUAUAAUAGUUCGGAUUUUAACAGUGAAGAUUAUAAUAAUAAGGAUUUCAAUCGUGCUGAUUUUAGUAGUGCGGAUACUAGUAGUCCAGAUUCUAACGGAGAGGAUUAUAAUCGUACAUAUUUCAAAAGUGGGGAUUAUAGUAGAGCAGAUUCUAAUAGUCCGGAUUUUAAUAGUGAAGAUUUUAUUAAGGAUUCAGAUCGUGUUGAGUUUAAGAGUCCGGAUUCUAGUAGUCCGAAUUUUAUUAGUGCGAAAGAAAAACAAUCGUGCGAAUUCUAG